ACAGCUCCGUGAUGUCAGCGGGUGCUGGCAGGGAGGGGGUCGGCUGUUUUUCUGGAGACUUAGAGCCGAGUAAGACAAAGCACAGCGCGGUCCCUGCAGGCGCCAUGGAACGACUGUCCUGUGUCUUGCUGUGGAAACUGGUGCUUCUUCAGAGCCCCGCUGUCCUUCUGUACUCAGGGCCCUCAGGUACCGCAGCAGCCAGCAGCUCUGUGGUGUCCGAGUCCGUGGUGAGCUGGGCAGCUGGGACCCAGGCGGUGCUGCGCUGCCAGAGCCCGCGCAUGGUUUGGACCCAAGACCGGCUGCACGACCGCCAGCGCGUGGUCCACUGGGACCUCAGCGGCGUCCCGGGCAGCCAAGGGCGCCGACUCGUGGAUAUGUACUCGGCGGGUGAACAGCGUGUGUACGAGCCGCACGACCACGGCCGCCUGCUGCUGUCGCCUUCUGCCUUCCACGACGGCAACUUCUCACUGCUCAUCCGUGCUGUGGAGGAGGGAGACGAAGGGGUGUAUACCUGCAACUUGCACCACCACUACUGUCACCUCUACGAGAGCCUGGCCGUGCGCCUCGAGGUCACCGACGAUCCCCUGUUAGCUCGCGCGUACUGGGACGGCGAGAAGGAAGUGAUGGUGGUGACCCGCGGCGCGCCGGCACUGCUGACUUGCGUGAACCGUGCGCACUUGUGGACGGACCACCACUUAGAGGAGGCGCAGCAGGUGGUGCAUUGGGACCGACAGCUGCCUGGGGUGUCGCACGACCGAGCUGACCGCCUGCUUGACCUGUACGCAUCUGGCGAGCGCCGCGCCUACGGACCAUCCUUCCUGCGUGAUCGCGUGGCAGUAAACGCCGACGCUUUUGCACGCGGCGACUUCUCCCUACGCAUAGAUGCGCUCGAGCCGGCUGAUGAGGGCAUCUAUUCUUGCCACCUGCACCACCACUACUGCGGCCUGCACGAGCGCAGAGUCUUCCACCUACAGGUCACUGAGGCUGCCUUUGAGCCACCUGCUCCUGCCUCUCCCGGUAAUGGGUCUGGCCACAACACUGCUCCUAGCCCAGAUCCCACACUGGUAAGUAGAUCCCGAGGCCACAGCGUCAUCAACGUCAUUGUCCCAGAGAGCCACGCACACUUCUUCCAGCAAUUGGGCUAUGUGUUGGCCACCCUGCUGCUCUUCAUCUUGCUGCUCAUCACUGUAGUCUUGGCGACACGCCAUCGUCACCGCGGAGGAUGCGAGACCUCGGACAAAAAUGCUGGGAAAUCCAAGGGGAAGGAUAUGAACAUGAUGGAGUUUGCUGCGGCCACAAGGGACCAGGCCCCUUAUAGGACUGAGGACAUCCAGCUAGAUUACAAAAACAACAUCCUGAAGGAGAGGGCUGAGCUGGCCCACAGUCCCCUGCCUGCCAAGAAUGUGGAUCUGGAUAAAGAGUUCAGGAAGGAGUACUGCAAAUAAAAGGAUCCUGAGCUUCUGGCUGGGCCAGCAGCUCUAUACCAAAGGAUGUCUCCCUGACUCUCCUGUGGCACUCCCGGCUUCUUCUCAGCGGCUGGUCCCGCUUUCGUAGAAACUUGGCCUGAAUUUGGCCGAGCAGCUGCCUGCACUUUGUUCUUCCAAGAAUCACCCUCACCUUGGUGCACAACUGUGGGUUCCCUCGAGACGCUGGUAUAGUAUGGUUGCUGAUCACCCUCACCUUGGUGAGCAACUGUGGGUUCCCUGGAGACGCUGGUAUAGUAUGGUUGCUGAUCACCCUCACCUUGGUGCGCAACUGUGGGUUCCCUGGAGACGCUGGUAUAGUAUGGUUGCUGAUCACCCUCACCUUGGUGAGCAACUGUGGGUUCCCUCGAGACGCUGGUAUAGUAUGGUUGCUGCCUUUCAGUCACCUGUACUCCCAACUUUGACACAACGUCCGCUAAAUGCACAGUCUCUCGUGGCUUCUUCCUGCUAGGGUCAGGAAGACAUUUAGACUCCUAGUCACUGUUCAACAUGUUAACCAUUGUCUUGGGGAGCCCCUAGGGACUUUCUGGACUGCACUACGCCUAUGCAUCACUCAGAGCCCUGCUGUCACAUGUUCUGAGUCACGGGCCCUCCACUUGGAGCUGGCCCAUUGCCCCUGUUCUGCUUCAGAUCCCUUCCAAGAGUCUCACCAGCAGUUACUGGGUACCGUGUGGCUCUUGGGCUCCACAUCCCCCUUUGCUGGGGCUCUACUUGUCCUCUGCUUUGGCUGAAGAUGGGGGAGAAGGUUCCGAGUGGCCUGCGCUGCCACACCAAGCAGCGCCUACUGGGGAAGUUUUCAUGUCAAAAUAAAGAACACAUCUGAUUCUCA